CGGAGCUCAGUUGUUGCAAGCGGACUGGUAGAGCUAGAAGCCAGUUUCAUUCACGCCAGUGUCUCUGUCGCUCUGUGCGUCUGUCUGUGUGUGUCAACGUCAACAGAAGACAAUUGGAAAUCGAGGCAUAAAACGAGUGAAAUCUGAUUUGAAUUUAAAUCAGUUAGCUCUUGCUGUAACCGAGCAACAAAUCCAGACAGAAAAUCAAAUAAUGAACAAGCUUCCAGUGAGGGCUUGGCGAGGCACAGCCUCCACGGCCAGUGCAUCCAGCCUGAGGCGAAGUGUGUCCAAGCUCAGUGGCACGGGCCUGCUGCCAAAUGAGAAGCAACGUCUGGAGAUUCGCGACAGCUCCACGGGCGUGGCCGCCUGUCCCCAUUUGCUGGAGCAGGAGGAGACAGCAGCGGCGACAACGCCACGAAUACACUCCACUCCCGAGUGGCAGAACGCACUGCCCUACAGUCAGAUACCUGGACCCAAGCCCCUGCCCAUUCUGGGCAACACCUGGCGACUGAUGCCAAUCAUUGGCCAAUACACCAUCUCCGAUGUGGCCAACAUAUCGUCGCUGCUCCACGAUCGCUAUGGCAGAAUUGUGCGUUUCGGUGGCCUCAUAGGGCGGCCGGAUCUACUCUUUAUCUACGACGCCGACGAAAUCGAAAAGUGCUAUCGCAGCGAGGGGCCAACCCCCUUCCGCCCAUCGAUGCCCAGUCUGGUCAAGUACAAGAGUGUGGUGCGCAAGGACUUCUUUGGGGAGCUCGGCGGCGUGGUGGGCGUCCACGGCGAACCUUGGCGUCAGUUCCGGUCGCGUGUCCAGAAGCCAGUGCUGCAGCUAUCCACCAUCAGGCGCUACUUGCAGCCGCUGGAGGCGAUCACAGAUGAUUUCUUGGUGCGCUGCGAGCUCCUGUUGGAUGGUAACCAGGAGCUGCCCGAGGAUUUCGACAACGAGAUACACAAAUGGUCCUUGGAGUGUAUUGGACGCGUCGCCUUGGACACGCGUCUGGGUUGCCUGGAGGCGAAUCUCACACCCGACUCGGAGCCACAGCAAAUCAUUGAUGCAGCCAAGUAUGCCCUGCGGAACGUGGCCACUCUCGAACUGAAGGCACCCUACUGGCGGUACUUCCCGACGCCUCUCUGGACACAGUAUGUGAAGAACAUGAACUUUUUUGUGAGCGUCUGUAUGAAGUACAUACAGAGUGCGACUGAGCGAUUGAAGACACAAGAUCCCAGCCUGCGGGAUGGCGAGCCCUCGCUGGUGGAGAAGGUCAUCAUGUCGGAGAAGAACGAAAAGAUAGCCACCAUAAUGGCGCUGGAUCUGAUUCUAGUCGGAAUAGACACCAUAUCGAUGGCGGUCUGCUCAAUGCUCUAUCAACUGGCCACGCGUCCCGAGGAGCAGCAAAAGGUUCACGAGGAAUUGAAGCGACUGCUACCCGAUCCGAACACACCGCUCACCAUUGCGCUGCUCGACCAGAUGCACCAUCUGAAGGCAUUCAUCAAGGAGGUGUUUCGCAUGUACAGCACGGUGAUUGGAAAUGGGAGAACAUUGCAGGAGGACAGCGUCAUCUGCGGCUACCAGGUGCCGAAGGGAGUGCAGGCAGUCUUUCCCACCAUUGUGACCGGCAACAUGGAGGAGUAUGUAACGGACGCGGCCACAUUCCGACCCGAGCGUUGGCUGAAGCCGCAGCAUGGUGGUGUUCCGGGCAAACUACAUCCGUUUGCCUCGCUGCCCUACGGCUAUGGUGCCCGCAUGUGCCUGGGUCGGCGAUUCGCUGAUCUGGAGAUGCAAAUACUGCUGGCCAAGCUGCUGCGAAGCCACAAGCUGGAGUACAACCACAAGCCGUUGGACUAUGCCGUCACAUUCAUGUACGCGCCGGAUGGACCGCUCCGCUUUAAAAUGACGCGCAUUUAGUUGCCUCAUCUGUUGUAGAUCUAAGAUUUCGAUUUUAUACGCUUAUGCAUGAAGUUUGUUGUAAAUAUUCGCUAAAGAGAUGUUUUAGAUGAUUAGCAUUUUCUCAUGAGA